AUGGUGUCUUAUUGUCUUCUUCCAGUUCUUUUUAUUCUAGCUAUCGGAUUCAACAGAGUCACUGGAGAGAACCUUGAAGAAGUACCGUGUGAGGAAGAAACAACCACCAGGACCUCUAUCCCAUCUAUUACUCCAACAACUACACCUACCACCACAACUACAGUCGCAAGGACUACGACCGCAAACGCGUGCGCAAAUGUCCGAGCAGCUGUAUCGCCUUACCUAAGACAGAACGGAUUCUGGUGCUCAAUGCUGGUACACUUUGGCGCAGGCAGCACUAAUUGGUUUGAAUAUGAGAAUGCACGUGGUAAUUGUGUCCGGAACAAAUUGGUUGUGAGCAGCAUGGAAACGGAUGAAGAAAAAACGGAUUUUAUUAAACUGAUCCAAGAAACGGUUCUCUAUAACCUCACUGCAUUAUGGGUUGGCGCCAGUCUUAACACAACUACUCAACAGUACUAUUGGGAUGACGGACUGGCGGUUAAACUUAUGGACCCCCAACCGAUAAUUGAAGAUCCCGAGGGUCAUGUUGCUUGGUUCAUUAAUCUGAAUUCAAGUGUACCUGGAUAUGGAGAUUUCAGAGUUGUCUCACGAUCUGGCAAAGGACCUCCAAAAGUCAAUGCGUAUUUAUGUGGAGCCCUGGGAGUAAGGUUUAAUUAA